GUUGCCUUUUCAAUUUCGGCGCACAACGUUAGAAUUUUCUCUUCUACUGUUUCUUUCUCUCACUCAAUUCUUCUUUCCCACACUUUUUUCCAACUGCUCUUUAAUAUUUGCUCCAAUUCAGGGAAUAAAUAGACUUCUGCCUGUUGAUUUUCCGAGUCAAUUGUAUUCCUAAAUAUUUUUCCCCAAUUUCUGGGAGGGCAGGAAUUUUGGGCUGAGUUGAUAGCUCAGAGAUGAAAUCGUCGUUGCUGAGGAUGCGGAUUAUCGGGCCGAAUAAGGGCGACCCAAAGGGAAAAUGGGAUCAUAAUUUUUCGCUGCCUAUCGAUGGAUUAACGCAAGCAACAAAGGAUAUGAAAGACAUGAGAACGUGCUAUGAUAGUCUACUUUCCGCCGCUGCAGCUACAGCAAAUAGUGCUUAUGAGUUUUCAGAGUCAUUACUGGAAAUGGGAAAUUCUCUACUGGAAAAAACCACUAUGCAUGAUGACAGAGAAAGCAGAGGAGCAUUAUCAAUGCUUGGAAAAGUACAGCUUGAACUUCAGAAACUGGUUGAUAGCUAUCGGUUCCAUAUUGUCAUGACAAUUACAAACCCAUCAGAGUGUCUCCUUAGCGAGCUACGGAAAGUGGAGGAGAUGAAGUUGCAAUGUGAUGAGAAAAGGGAGAUGUUUGAAUACAUAGUGGCACAAAUUAAGGAAAAGGGCAAGUCGAGACAUGGAAAAGGGGAGACUUUUAGCUUGCAGCAAUUGAAAGUUGUUCGUGACGAAUACGAGGAGGCUGCAAGGCUCUGCGCUUUCCGAGUGGAAUCAUUGAAGCAAGGGCAAAGCCGGAGCCUAUUUACCCAAGCAGCUCGUCACCAUGCUGCACAGUUGAAUUUUUUUCGGAAAGGACUUCAAUCUCUCGAAGCAGUUGAACCAUAUAUUAAAAAUGUUGCAGAAAAGCAACAUAUUGAUUAUGAGCUAUCUGAGUUAAAUGAAGGGGAAAAAGAUGAUAGAGAGAUCAUUUCCGAGAGUAAUGAUUAUGGAGAAUUAAGUUUUGACUACAGACAAAAAGAACAGGGGCUAGGUAGUGCUUACACAUUGAGGAACUCAAUGGAGUUAGAUCAGUUAGGUGCUCCAAGUGCACAUACAUCUUGGGUAAAAGAUGUUGAGUUGCAGAGAAGCGGCAGUAGAAACCAAUGGGAUCAAAUACCUAGCCAACGGCCUCGAGCAGGCAGCCAUUCUGCUCCAAUCUAUCCAGAGAAGUUUGAUGCUGCUGAGAGAGUUAGAGAGAUAAGGCAUGCUCUCCCGAAGCUUACUACCUAUGUGCUGCCUACUCCAGCUGAUGCAAAAGGUUCAAACACGACUACUUCUGGGCCUCUAUCUAGUCCCAAACUACCUGCUGGGACCUCCAAAAAUUUGUGGCACUCAUCGCCAUUGGACAUGGAGAAGCCAAAAAAAUUCACAGAUGACCAGUUAUCUGCACACUAUAUCUUGAAGCCUCAAAUAGUUGUUGAAGAAAGCAGCACCUAUAAGCACUCUCUUCCGCUGCCGCCACUGACUGAGGAAGCUGCUAUCCCGCAGGUUGAUACUCAGAGUGGAUUCGACGCUCAGAAAAAUCUAAGGCAAGCUUUCUCUGGUCCAAUAGCAAGCAAACCUUCUUUAAACAUGACCCACAUACCCAUUAGCUCCAAUGACACACCUCAAUCAGUUUCUGGAUUGAUUUCGCGUGCAUCUGGUCCCCAAUCUUCCUUACUUGUAAAUGUGUCUCACAAUGCCUCACCUGCCCUUGCAACUUCACCUACUCCGAGUGAGCUUCAUGAACUCCCUAGGCCUCCUGAUACUUUCGGUUCCAAACCAAUGCGAUCAAUAGGGACUCUUGGACACUCUGCUCCCCUAGUAUCUCCAACGAAUAAGAAUCCAUUUAGACAAUUGAGAGAAGGUUCUGCACUUCCUCUCCCACAGCUAACAGUGUCUCGAAGUUUCUCCAUACCUUCUAGUGGUCAAAGAGAAGCAGCUUUUCACUCAGGCAAGCUAUUGGGAUCUCCUCGAAGCUCAGGAGUUGCUUCUCCUCCGCUCACACCGAUCUCCCUAUUACAUAUGAAGUCACCAAAUUCUGGACAGAUAAGAGGUAAGUCAAAACUGUUGGUAGCUCAUUUCCUUUUACAAAUUAAGACUAAAUUUGAUGUGAUAAUGAUGGUAUCAGUGAACUCAUAUCGAGUAAUAUAUUUCACAUUCUUGGAGAGAUUAUGGUACUUGCUACUGUUCCUUGCUUUUACAUAUCAAAUUUAUGUCUUUCAUUAUGGCACAUGAUGCUAGAAUCAAAUUGCUCUAUAUUUUGGAGACAAUCAUGUAAUGUUCUGAUUAUAUAUCCCAACUUCAGUGAAUGCAGGUGGCAGUUGACUGCUUUUGCUUUGACGUAAUAUCUGCAUUCUUCAGUUUUGGAAGCUGCCUACAAUAUAAUUCUGCCAGUUUCUCGCUGGGUAAAUGUUUGUGAAUAUGUCAAUUUUCGCACCACUUUGUAUUUACUUAGUUAAUCUCAGUCAAUUCGUCUCCCUAUAUCUUGGAGUUGGAUGUCUCACAAUUUUGGCCUUGUUAUUCUUUAUCUUGGAGUUAGAUGUCUCA